CACACUCCAGCUUCCGAGGGGACAGAUAAGAAAAGAUUUAAGGGUGAAGUGGUGUUACCUGUACAAGGCACAGGAAGAGCAGGAUGGAGGGAAGUGGAUAAUCUGAAGAAAAUCUGCAGAGCUGACAUUUCAGCAGAGCCUGGAAAGGACGCGGUGUUGACCAGGUGUUUCCUGAGCUGUUGCAGUCGUUCAGGAAUGGAGGACUGUGAAACAAUGGAAGAUGUGUAUAUGGCUUCAGUGGAAACGGAUCGGGGAGUCAAGGAACAGUUACAUCUUUACGACACCAGAGGCCUGCAGGAAGGUGUGGAGCUGCCAAAGCAUUAUUUUUCAUUUGCUGAUGGCUUUGUUCUCGUGUACAGUGUGAAUAACCUUGAAUCCUUUCAAAGAGUGGAGCUUCUGAAGAAAGAAAUUGAUAAGUUCAAAGACAAAAAAGAGGUGGCAAUUGUUGUAUUAGGAAACAAAAUUGACCUUUCUGAGCAGAGACAAGUGGAUGCCGAAGUGGCACAGCAGUGGGCCAAGAGUGAGAAAGUGCGCCUGUGGGAGGUGACGGUCAUCGACCGCAAGACCCUGAUCGAGCCCUUCACUCUGUUAGCCAGCAAACUCUCCCAGCCCCAGAGCAAGUCGAGCUUCCCUCUGCCUGGGAGGAAAAACAAAGGGACCUCCAGCUCUGAGAACUAAGACUUAGAUGCCACAACUCUUCCUUGAAUAGUGACUGCCUUUAGGUGUCUGUGAACAUAUUUAAAAUAGGCCAUUGGUAUCUGCUUUUGGUCCUUAGGAAUCCCCUAGGGAAGUAAUUUAAUUUACUUUUAGUUAUAGUUAUUUGUGCUAAGUUAUUGCCUGAUAUGAAAUAAUAUAUUUGCAUCCUCAUUGUUUGAAACUUGUACCUGAAAUUAGCGCCUUUGUUAUUUAUGUUAUGUUGCCCUUGUCAGAAGAAUUAAAUAAAGUUUGGGUAGUAUGCACAUGAAAAAAAAAAAAAAAAAGCUAUCACAUCUAAGGAAAUUGAAUGAAAGUUCAGAUAGGAAAAUAGAGGAGGAUGUGUACCUGAAGGGGAGAGAGAAAAUGAAAGUACCUAAAAGGGAGAAAAAGUGUGUUCUUAUAUAGGAAAUGUCUUCUGGGAGGGAUUUGUCCUGAACUUACUUAAAGGUUAUAGAGAACACUGAGUCUAGAGACUGUCAGUGCCUAUAAAAUGGAAAGUUAAAGAGACAAAAUUAUUAAGUGCUGUCUCAGACUUUCACUUUGGCAAGGGAUAGUACAGUUAACAAGUAGACAAAAUAUGUAAUACGGCAUACAAUGAUAUGAUUACGGACAGAAGAAAAUGAAAGGGGAAGUGCUAAGGCAGUGUUCGGGGUUGGAGAUCACGUUGCAUUUUUAAUAGGGUAGUCAAGGAAAUCCUUACUUAAAAGAUGGCUUUUUAGCAAAGACCUGAAAUAGAUGAUAGUGAGCUGUGCCUGAGAGAGAAGCUCUCUUGUUAGAGGAAUAGCAGAUACAUAAAUCUUGGAGUUGCAGCUUAAUUAGCAUUUUUGUUGAAAAACAGGAAAGCCAAUUUGGCUAAAGUGGAAAGAGUAAGAGUGAGAAUAGUAGGUGAUGAAACCAGAGAAGUAAAAGGAGGAGUAUGGGAUCCUACCACUGGACCGAUCUUAUAAGGAUUUUGACUUUUACUGUGGGUAAAAUUAGAGGCCAGUGGAGGAUUCUGAGCAGAGGAGUGACGUGAUCAGCUUUCUUUUAAACAAGAUCUCCUGGUUCCUUCAUUGAAAAGAGCCUGAAGGAGAACAAGGGUAAAAACAGGGAGACUGCUUAGGAGACUUUGCCCUAAUCUUGGCUAAGGAUGAUGUUCUUGAAACUUGGUGGUAGUGAUAAUAGGGGUAUAGAAAAGAGGUUAUCCAUGGAUGCCUUUAGUACCUGAAGUGACAGGGCCAUGUUUUAAGAGGAGAUUGUAAGAACUGAGGUAUAUAUUUGAAAU